AUGCGCUUUUUUGUUGUGGCAGUUUCUACAACACUCGGACUCGCGUCACCCAGUCGGUGGGUCCUGCGGCAACAGGCGUUAACGGCCGUCCUCACUCCAGCACGCCGGUAUGUAAACGCCCUUUACCGUGUGCCCCCGCAAAACUUGAUUCCAACGCACAGUCCGAUAGGUGAGGAAGUUGACACAGAGUUGUUCGUUAGGCAGGUGAAAGAUCUCUUCUUGGCGCUAAAGCAGACGCAUCUUGUUGAUCAAGUUCACGAGAUGCGCGCAUGCCCAUACUAUGAUUCCCUCUUCGCUGCCGAUAUCCUGUUUCAGCAUUAUGAUAUUGUCCUUCCUAUGCCGAAGUAUGGCCGUGAGCACCGUAGCUCGGAGAUAAGCGAGACGUUGCGGUACCUUCGUGCAUGUGGGUCCACUGGUGACUUCAACCACGUGCUCCAGGACGUUAAGGGUGGCUCGGCUGAUGGGGGGGAUUUUGUGUCAACCACACACGGUAUUCUCAUGGGCUACGGCACACCGCGUACCAACAAACUUUGUAUGAUGGCUAUCACAGACGCCUCAGCCCCGAACGAGGCCGCUGCCGCCCAACAGCGGGCCUUGAAUAUAGUACCAAUUGAGAUGUCGCCCACAGCACCCCCGCUCGCGGAUGUGUUGGCCUUCGCGGGUAAGCGAACACUAAUUGUGCAAGACACAGAACACGGUCGCAGCGCAGGAGAGGCCGCGGCAAAUGCCAUCCGAAAAGUACCGUGGCAAAUACUGCGAAUUGAACCGAACUGCAGCAUUAUAUCCCACUUGUGCGGAGUAAACUCUGUGUUCGAUGUGCUGGUAGACCAAGACUUUCCCACUUCGAUGGAGCGUAUUGGCGAAGCCGGCUUGAAUCCCUUUCCGGUCGAGUGGACUGAACCUCGGAAACUUGGAUUAAGCAUGCGCAGAGUGUGCCUUAUCGCUCGUUUCGCACGCGGUACAAUGAGCGCUGGUGGCUACGCGGACAGCGAUGGUCAUCGAGCGGCUUCCUUCACGUAUCACUCGCGGAAUAUAGCGAGUAAUUCCCGUCUUAUCCAUAACGGCCACCGCAAACAUGGAGACAGUGGCGCCCCGUUGGAGGCCCAGUUACGUUCCGGGGAGCUGCCAGCACCGGUGUACCAACGACCACCGCGUUAUGCCCCUGCCAUCCAUCGAACUGGGGGGUUGGCGACGACGGCAACGACACGAGACAAAAGGGAGCGUGAAUAG